UGAGCCAGCGUUUGAGCUUUUGGUUGGCUCGAUUCGUGCUCUGCAGCUCUCGGUUUUCUCCGUAUUCCGGGUCGCCACGGCUUGGCCAGCCGAGUUCCAGCUGGGGUCCGACUCCCACAGCCUGGCAAGGAGCCGCCGGAACUGGGGUCCCGGUGACAUAGCGGCGGCGGCCCGCAGCCCACAGUGCGCCUGCGUGCCAGCCCGCCGGCCAAUCAGCUCGCCGCUUUCCCCCCCGCCGCCCUUUGACCCCGCGCCCUUGGUCGGCGGCGGGAAGCGCGGAGCCCCGGGCUGAAGGGGCUGCGGUUCGCCGGGUGAGCGUCGCCGCAGACUUCUCUUUAGGUUAUUUUUAUAGCCUUUUAAGCGCUACCUGUUUGGGGCGGAGCCACCAGUCCAGUCUGCUGUCCCCGGCGCUCCCCUGGGCGGCAGCGCGACUUUGGGUUCCCUGAGUUUCCCAAGCUCUGCCCGCGUCGGUGCGGCGGCGCUCGGCCUGGGGCGGCUGAGGCGGCCGAGGGAGCCGGGCGCGGGGUCCGGGGAGCCGCUGCCCUCCCCGGUGGCGGGUGUGGCGCAGACCUCGUAGACCGCAUCCUUUGCGAAGUCUCAAAGUCCAGCUGCACUGGGCGAGUCGCUUUUGUUUUCAAAAACAAACUGUGGGCAGCCAGGACGGUGUAAUACAUGACUUUGAAAACACGAGUCGGGGACGAUGGUGUGCUGACGUUCAAGAGAACAUGUACUGUUUUGGAAUUUAAAGUAUGUCAUCAUGGCAAAAUUUCGGAGAAGGACUUGCAUCAUUUUGUCCCUUUUUAUUCUAUUUAUUUUUUCUCUGAUGAUGAGUUUAAAAAUGCUGAGACCAAAUACGGCUACUUUUGGAGCUCCUUUUGGACUUGACCUUCUUCCAGAACUUCAUCAACAAACUAUUCAUUUGGGAAAGAAACUUGAUUUGCAAAAGAGCGGCAGAAUCAAGAGUGAAACUAAUACCAAGAAUUUAAAAAGUGUUGAAGUCACUAUGAAACCUUCCAAAGCCUCUGAACUGAACGUUGAAGACCUGCCACCUCUGAACUAUUUUUUGCAUGUAUUUUAUUACAGUUGGUAUGGAAAUCCACAAUUUGAUGGUAAAUACAUACAUUGGAACCAUCCAGUGUUAGAACACUGGGACCCUAGAAUAGCCAAGAAUUAUCCACAAGGGAGACACAACCCCCCAGAUGACAUUGGCUCCAGCUUUUAUCCUGAAUUGGGAAGUUAUAGCUCUCGAGAUCCUUCAGUCAUAGAAACUCACAUGCGACAAAUGCGUUCAGCUUCUAUUGGUGUACUUGCGCUAUCUUGGUACCCACCUGAUUCAAGUGAUGAGAAUGGAGAAGCUACUGAUAACUUGGUACCAACUAUUUUGGAUAAGGCUCAAAAAUAUAAUCUGAAGGUCACUUUUCACAUAGAGCCCUAUAACAAUCGAGAUGAUCAAAACAUGUACAAAAAUGUCAAGUAUAUUAUAGACAGAUAUGGAAAUCAUCCAGCCUUUUACAGGUACAGGACAAGAACUGGGAAAUCUCUUCCUAUGUUUUAUGUAUAUGAUUCCUAUAUCAUGAAGCCUGAAAAGUGGGCCAACCUGCUAACCACUUCAGGGCCUCACAGUGUUCGCAAUUCCCCUUAUGAUGGUUUAUUUAUUGCACUUCUAGUAGAAGAAAAACAUAAAAAUGAUAUUCUUCGAAGUGGUUUUGAUGGUAUUUACACAUAUUUUGCCACAAAUGGCUUUACUUAUGGCUCCUCUCAUCAGAACUGGGCUAAACUAAAAUUCUUUUGUGAUAAAUACAACUUAAUGUUUAUCCCAAGUGUGGGUCCAGGAUACAUAGACACCAGCAUCCGGCCUUGGAACACUCAAAACACACGGAACCGAAUCAAUGGGAAGUACUAUGAAGUCGGUCUGGAUGCUGCACUGCAGACCCACCCAAGUGUAGUUUCCAUCACCUCUUUCAAUGAGUGGCAUGAAGGAACUCAAAUUGAGAAAGCUGUUCCCAAAAGAACGAGUAAUACGGUAUACUUAGAUUAUCGGCCUCAUAAGCCAAGCCUUUAUCUAGAGCUGACUCGCAAGUGGUCAGAAAAAUACAGUAAGGAAAGAGCCACGUAUGCUUUAGGUGAUCAGAUGCCUGCUUCUUAAGGCAUUUAUUGGAGUUAAUUAUGUAAAUCAGCUAGUUUCAAGAAAUGCAUUUCUUAUGAGUUGUGGAACAAUGCUGUCAAAAACCAUCGCUACUGUUAUUGUUAUCUUCAUUAAAGUUUCUUUUUACUUUUUUAAAGGUAGCAAACACUGCACUGAGAAACUUUUAGAGAAAAAUUGUGUAGGUAAAUCAUUGUGGCCUAAUUUGCUCCUUUUCUGACUAAAAUUGAGCAUCGUUAGGAUGAAAUUUUAACUUUCAUUUCACAGUAGAUAAAGUAGCUAUCACACAGCUAAUUCCUAUUUGUGUCCUGGUCCCAAAGAUGUAGGACUAUAUGUAUAUUUGGUAUGUCUAACAAAGAAAAAUAAGGCCUACAAAACAUAGUGUACAGAUUUUUUUUUCAAUGAUUCAGUUUCCUUUGUUGAAUUACUAAAGACUUUAGAUACCUUUCACAUAGUGAUACAGUUCUCCAAAUAUAUGGCUUCUCAGAUUUGCUGUGAAUCUAAAACCACUUAAAAUAAUAGUCUCAUUUGUUUUAAAUUAUUUACAUUAAGCCUUAUGUGAAUUGUACUGUGUCAAGAAGACCAGCUUUUGGCAGCAUAGUCUGUGCCAUCAUUAGAAGAUUUUUCUUAAACCUUGCGUGCUGUUUGGCAUGUUUAGUAUUUCUGCUUCACUGUGCUGCAUAACAUUCCAGGGUUUAGAAACUAUGGAAAGCACUUUCAUGGAAGUUAAUGAUUAUCUCUCAAUUACUAGAAAAAUGUUUCACAAUUGUUAUAGAUGUAUGAUGCCACAGGUACUAUUAUUUUCAUAAUACCUUGUCAAUUUCUUAUUCUGCUAUUCAUUCUUAAAAAUUAAUAUUAAUCAGACAUUAUUGGCUAAGAAAAAAGAAUAUUCAUUCUAUCAUUGGAUUAUAUCAUUUUAACAUUUUUUUAUCAAAAACAACAGAACAAGCAGUUACCAUUUCAGAUAUUACAGCUGUAAAAAACUAACCUUGUUAUAUAUUUAAAGUACUUUCUGAGAAGACAAUAGUUUAAAUUCUUGUACGUAAUGUUGUCUAUCCCCAUUUAUAUAACGAUAUCCCCAUUUAAAAAUGUGAUAUAUUUUGUCAGUGUCUAUUAGUUUAAAUUAUUUGUGAUCAAUAACUGUCACACUAUGGCAAAUGGAUCGUUUGUGUGCUAAAAGUCAAAUCUUUUGUAACACAUCCAUGAUGGAGCUGUAAUUCAUGUCUCACUGCUGGGUGGUUUGACCUGCCAGUAGUAAACACGUAACCAUCACAUAUAUGAGUGUCUACCACCAGUGUUGCACAUCAGUGGGAUAGUCAUUGGGCAUCACUGCUGAUUGAAGCUGGUAAGAUGUUACUAGUAAUAAUAAAAUGACACUCUAUUGUUAUAUUUGUAACUAUAACUACACUAAAAAACCUAUCAUUUUACUUAAAUAUUUCUUAGAUACUUCAUUUUAUUAAGAGAAGUAGUAAGGUAAUGCUGACAAGCAAUUAUAGAAAUGUUUUGAGUAUAGAUAUUUAGAAACAAAUUAGCAGUGAAAUUUAUCAUAAAAUUGCCUAUCAGGUGAUAAAACAUUUUAAGCACUGAUUUUGAAGUAAAAUAUGUUUUUUAAAAGAAGCACGGUUAACAUUAAAUUGAUUUAUAACUUAAGAAUUUUCUCUUUCUCAGAGAAUGAUCAAGUCAUUGAAAAUUAUUACAAUGUUAAUAAUCUGAUUAUUUUCUGUAGAAAAGUAUAAAGUUAAAUCAGUAUAAUGGUAUUUUGAUAUAGCCAAGCGUCUUCAUAGGAACAAACAUACAAUUGUAAUCUGUGGAUUUUUUUAUAUCUAGUUAGCCACUAUAUGUUAUUUUAAAUUAAGUUAUAAAUGUAUACCGAAUAGUAUUUUAUAACAUACAUAGUUUAUUAAGUUUUAUUGGAGAAAUAAAUGUCUACUGUACAGGA